AUGAACGGCAAGAAGAAUUUUGCCAAGUUUAUGGAAAAGAAAAUGUUUCACGCGGUACCAAAGGAAAAGAUGAAUGAUGAUUUUAGAAACAUGAGGAAGGAAGAAAAUAUGAGCAAUGUGGUAAACACUAGCGAGAGGAGGAUCCUAUUUUACAAGACGAAGAUCUGUCCAUGGUAUAUUAAGGGGAAGUGCGAAAGGAGGAAGACCUGCUUGUAUGCGCAUGCACAGAAUGAACUGAGAGAGUUGCCGAAUUUGUGCAAAACGAGCUUGUGUCCGAAAUUGAAAAUUAAUGAAUCAUGCAAUGAUAAAAAAUGCAAGUACGCACACACGAACAUCGAAUUGAGAGCCACAGAAAAUUUGUACAAAACAGCCUUGUGUGAAAGCUUCCUUAAGGGGAAAUGUUUCUCAGGGCAAUUUUGCAGAUACGCUCAUGGGCAAAAUGAACUAAGAGAACAUCCAAUGGAAAUAACGGACAAGAAUAUAAUCAUUGGAACGAAUAAAAUGAAAAAUGACAAAUUGGACUAUGAGAAAAAGAAGAACGGACAUGGCAUGAGCAACAGUAUGCACAGUGGAGAAAAUGGAAAGAGGAAUGAAACUUAUUGUGUUAUGCCGAAGAAGAAGGAGACGACACAUCCGAACAAAGUUAGCGCACUCACGGAGGAUGAUGGUGUUGGCGAAGUUACGGAAGCAAUUGACCCCCAUGCACUUAACGGGAGCACGACGGACAACUCCUACGACUGCAGCAAGAAGGGAGGUACAGAAAAUGCUGUGAAGAGUGGCAAUACGAACGGAAGCGGAAAUGGCAUCCAGCACGGCGGAAACCACGGACCAAAUCACAACUCGAACCACGGAGGAAACAAGAUUGGAAGGAAGAACGAUGCGCACGAAUACCACAAGAAGGGACACAAGAGUCACAAGUAUAAGAACGCCGAAAUUAUGAACAACAACAGCAGCAGUAGGUGUGACGGAAGGAACAGGAAUGCCACCCCAUCUUCUGUAGGAAAUUAUCUAAAGAAUGAGGACUGUACAAAUUUCAAUGAGGAGCAAUUUCUGAAUGACAAUUUGAACGUUCUAGGCUUUUUAGAAGAACACAACAGUGGCAUAGAAAAAUAUGGAAAAGGAAGCAACAUUGACAGCAGUGCGCUAAAUGAUGUUGGAAGCAAUUCGUUGGGAAAUUUCGGAAACAACAACAUGAUUGGAGGUAGUAAGAGCAACAGCGGAGCCUUAAUGAAAUAUACCAGGAACAAUGAAGGAAUUAGGAAGAACAGCAAUUCAUCCUCCUUAAUGAACUUUAACAUGGCCUCAACGAAUGCUGAAAACUUAGACAUGAGUAUGGAUAUGCCCAAUAACGGGUCGGAAGAUAAUUAUUACAAUUUCACUGGAACGAAUUUGGACAAGCUGAAUUACGAAGACCUUUUUUUUAGUACCAACACCAUGAACAACAGUGUCAAUGCCAUGAACACAUUGAAUAGCAUGGGCAGCAUGGGAAGCAUUAGCAGCUUCAAUAGCAUGAACACGAACAAUGGGAAUAGCGGGGGGAACAUGAACUGUGUGAGCGGCUUGAACGGCCUGGGUAUGAACAGCAUGAGUAACAUGGCCAUGGACAUGAGCGGCAUGAAAGGGAUGGUUAAUCUGAACAACAUGAGCAACAUGAAUGUGGAUGAAUUGAAUGACUUGCCGCUUGACAUGAACAACCUGAACGACCUGCCCCUCAACAUGGACAACAUGAACGACAUCAACUUGAAGAUGAACAUGGGCGGCAUGAACAACGCGGGUGAAAUGAGCACUAGCGGCGUACACAUGAACAACGGUGGAGACUGUAAUAGUAGGACGCAACGCAUGUUGCGCAAGUACCUGAUGCUUGACAAAGAACAAAAUAACAACGGAACGGCAAGGCCUAAUUUUUCAGGCAACAACAGGAACAUAAUGAGCGGUAAUAACAUGAUGGACGUUGGAGUAAACUGUGAACAACAGGCAAAUUUGGCCAGCAAAAUGAUGAAGGAAAAGGAAAACCCAGACAACCAUGUUAGCUGGGAAAAUUUCUCUCUAUUUGGAAAGGCCAAGAGUUUUGGUGCAGAGAAAGACUAUUUCAAAAUUUUCAAUUAUGGAAUGUGCAACAAUUAUGACAAGAAGUUAUUUGAAAACUAUGAUGUGCACAAGAGGGAAAUGGACAAAGUAGAUAAAUCCUUGUUUAUUCUUUAA